AGCUACAACGCUGGGAUCAGCGCGUGCGAGAAGGGCGAUCAGUGGCAGCGGGCUUCGGUGCUGCUCAGGGAGAUGCGUGAGGCGAAACUGGAGCCCGACGUCACCAGCUACAACGCUGGGAUCAGCGCGUGUGAGAAGGGCGAGCAGUGGCAGCGGGCUUUGGCGUUGCUCAGCGAGAUUUCGAAGGCUCAGUUGGAGCCCGACCCCUAGUCAGCUACAACGCUGGGAUCAUCGCGUGCGGGAAGGGCGAGCAAUGGCAACGCUCUCUGGCGCUGUUCGGCGAGAUGCGGAAGGCGAAGCUGGAGCCCGACGUCAUCCAUCUACAACGCGGGGAUCAGCGCGUGCGGGAAGGGUGAGCAAUGGCAACGCUCUCUGGCGCUGUUCAGCGAGAUGCGGAAGGCGAAGCUGGAGCCCGACGUCAUCCAUCUUCAACGCUGGGAUCAUUGCGUGCGAGAAGGGUGAGCAAUGGCAGUGGUCGCUGGCGCUGCUGAGCGAGAUGCGGGAGGCAAGUCUGGAGCCCAACGUCAUCAGCUACAACGCUGGGAUCAGCGCGUGCGGACAGGGCGAGCAGUGGCAUCGGGCGGUGGCGUUGCUCAGGGACAUGUGGGAGGCGAAGCUUGAGCCCACCCAGAUUCAGCUACAACGCUGGGAUCAGCGCGUGCGGGAAAGGCAGACAGUGGUACCAGGCCUUGCUGCUGCUCAGCGAGAUGUGGGAGGCGAAGAUGGAGCCCGACUCAGCUACAGCGCUGGGAUCAGCGCCUGCGAGAAGGGCAAGCAGUGGCAGCGGGCACUGGUGCUGCUGAGCGAGAUGACAGAAUGGAUCACGUACCUGAACCCAACAGAUUAUCAGUUCUUCGCCCAGGACGUCGGGGCCGCGCCUGUUUUCGCCGGGAACUUCAGUCCACCCGCGAUCGAAGCAGCCGCCGGCCUCUACGUGCUUGGGCACUGGCACAAGGCCGCGGAGGUUGACACCCCGCGGUUGUCGGAGGAUCCUCAGCAGAUUGCGCGGCCAAUCUUCGCGGAGAGGGAGAUCGCCCGGCCGGGCGUGAAGUUCGCAGUCAACACUGCAAGGGGGGCGAUCAGAUGCAGCGACAAGCAGGGCGGGGUAGAUCCGAUGCCAGCGCGCAUAUCUCUGCGAGCCCACGGAAGGAGAUCGGGCGCCGAGACCGCAGGGGCGCAGGCAUUGCCGGCCGCCCCGCUCGCCCACGAGCGCCAGUUGGCCAUGGGUUGCGACGGGUCGUGCCCGGAGUUUGCGGGAGAGCUCAAGGGCAUCUCGGACAGGUGCUCCAACGUGCAAUUCAGGCUCGAAGUGCUGGUCGCCGUGAUCAUGCAAUCGGAGCCGGAGGACGUCGUUUUGCGGGUCGAGGAGUUAGCAGCGACCCCCGCGCGCGACGAGCCAGGUUGGGCGCCUGCCCGGAACCCGUUCGUCUCGGGCCUUGGGGCCCCCGCAGGGGGCUACCCGGGGCGAGUCGCCCGCGCUGCUGAGGCGGUCCAGGGCGAGGCGCUGUACAAUCGGAGCGGUUCGGGUUCGCCCAGUCGCUAUCCGCGCGCGCAGGCUGGCCCCCCUUCGCGAGCCCCCCAGCGGGGCGGCGCGCAGCUGGGCAUGGCGGCGGUCGCGCCAGGCCUGCUCGAGAAGGCUGCAGCUGGCUGCAGCUGA